UGACGCACUGAGAGUGGGAGGGCCUCUUCAGGUUUCAGGAAGAGUGCAGCACCUGUCGGUCUGUGAUUCAUAGCAAAGUACAACAGGUGAAGGACUGCACUAACUCGGCGUCAGAGGGAAACAUGCAGAGCAUCAGUUCCCCAGGAGGCCGGGUCCUCUCUGAGGAGCAGUUCAGCUGCUCCAUCUGUCUGGAGGUGUUCGUGGAGCCCGUGUCCACACCCUGCGGCCACAGCUUCUGCAAGGCCUGCCUGCAGGGCUACUGGAACCACAGUAAGAAGUUCACCUGCCCCAUGUGCAAGAAGACCUACUCCAAAAAACCCGAGAUGAGCGUCAACAGGGUCCUGGCUGAAAUCUCCACCCAGUUUCAGGGGCUGGUGAUGGCCGGAGGGGCCGGGGGAGGGGGGUCCUCCUCACGGGGGUCCACACUGAACCUGAACUCAGAUACGGGCCACGAUGGCUCUCCGGGGAUGGACACCGGGGAGUUCGCCCGGGCUGGGGAGGUUCCCUGUGACGCCUGCAUUGGGAGGAAGUUAAAAGCGCUCAAGUCCUGUGUGAACUGUCCUGGGUCAUUCUGUGAAACCCACCUCAGACAUCACAAAAAGGUGAAGUCUUUGAUAUCUCACCGCCUCAUCGAACCCACUUUCCACCUGGAGGACAAAAUCUGCAAGAAACACGAACGUCUCCUGGACGUCUACUGCCGGACGGACCACACCUGCAUCUGCACGGCCUGCGCCGAGGCCACGCACAAGUCCCACGACAUCGUCUCCACUGACCAUGAGUGGAAGAAGAAGAUGAGUAAUCUUGGUAAGAAAAGGUCGGAGCUCAAACAUUUGAUCAAGGAGAGAGCCAAGAAACUGGAGGAGAUCAAGCAAUCCAUCAAGGUCAUUAAGGCCAGCGCUCAGAAGGAGCUGGAGGAGAGCUGGCAGGUGUAUGCGGAGCUGCAGCGUAUGGUGGAGCAGAGUCAGGCGGAGCUGGUGGAGGUGAUCGCCACAAAGCAACGUGAGGCUGAGCGUCACGCCCAGGAAAUGGCCCGAGGUCUGGAGAACGAACUCAGCCAGCUGAGGAGGCGGAGCAACGAGCUGGAAGCCUACGCCCAGACGCAGGACAAAGUGAUCUUCCUGCAGAACCUGACGACGCUGCCUCCCCCACCCGAGCCUGCUGAUUGGUCGUCUGUCAGCAUCAACACCGACCUCUACCUGGGAACCAUCCGCACCUCCAUCAGCAACCUCACAGAAAAGUUCCAGGAGGAGCUCAAAAGGCUGUAUGGGAAAGAGCUCCGGAAGGUACAGAACUAUUCAAGUGAAGUGAUACUGGACCCUUCCACGGCCCAGAAGAACCUGGUUGUGUCCGAUGACGGUCGCCAGGUGAGAUAUGAAGAGCGUAAGAUCUCCCACUCUGAGGGUCCGAAACGCUUCAGCCCCGCUCUCUUCAUCUUGGGCCGAGAAGGUCUCAGCUCUGGGCGGCACUACUGGGAGGUGGACAUGGGCCGCAAGACAGCCUGGACGCUCGGCGUGGCCAGCGCCUCAGCCCGCCGCAAGGGUGAGAUCAAGCUGAGUCCUGAGGGGGGAUACUGGUGCCUGUGGCUGAAGAACGGAGAGGUGAAGGCCUUGGCGUCACCCCGCCUGCCUCUAGUGCUGCAGUCCCAACCCAAUAAAUUGGGAAUCUUCCUGGAUUACGAAGCAGGCCAAAUUUCUUUCUACGAUGUGAAAGCACGUCUUCAUCUCUACACGUUUGUCGAUACCUUCAAUGAGAAUCUGUACCCGAUCUUCAGCCCCUGUCUCACCCAGGACGGGAAGAACGCUUCUCCUCUCAUUGUAACCCCUGUUAAACACACCUGAGGCUGACAAUCAGUCGAAGGCCCGGUGGGCCAGUAGACUUUCACAACAUGUUAAGGACAAAAGAAAGUUUGGUGCAAUAUGUUGAUAUUCUGUCAUUUUUAGAAAGUGAUUUUAGUGGUUAUUUGGUCCUAAAAUAAAGACAUUUUCUACUCUUCUACUCUUUUCUCCUCAUAUGGACAUGUUAUCACCUUUGCUGAAAUGAAAUCAGGUUCAGUGCAGAUCCCGGAAAGACCUUUGACCCACAUAGUGACCGUUUGGAAGCAAUGAAGUAAAAGAAAGGACCGUGUCACUAGUUUGUUAUUGGAUCAGAGCCUGACUGUGUAUUACAAGUUUUUGUAUACUAACAGAUAUUCUCUUGUAAAAAUAUGUGAAGGACUAGAGAGGAUUAUUCCAAAGGCCUGUGGUUCUUAUUUUUGUAGCCUUGGUACAGGAGAUAGCUGAGUUUGGGUAAUGCUAUACCUCUGGCACUUUUCUGGUUUUCUGAGUCUUUGUCUAACAGGAAGUAUGAGACUUUGGAUGUUUAGUACAGAUCAAAACAAUGAGGGUCAUGUAAACUUGCACGUCUGGGUGACCAAAUGAGAGAUGCUGGCACAUACUGUGGAUAUUGUAUGUAAUUUUUAAACUUAAUGUUCUCAUGAAACUGUUUUAUGUACUUUUAUAUAAUGUCUUUGCUUUUGUAGCUUUCUUUCUUUCUGAACUUGUUCAUUAAAGAUCAGUUACAAAUA